UGUUGAUCCUGUGUAUCAUACCCUUGCGGUACACUAAAAGCAAAGCACAGUGGCUAGUGGCAUCGUUGGCUUUCCUGUUCAAUUUCCUGAGGUUAUUUAAGUUCUCUUGUGUGACGAGGACAGCGGGAUUAUACACAAAAACCUUGGCUAAGGUCAUUCAGCAAGACUUGACGCGGUUUAUUGCAGUUUUUAUUGUGAUCUUUCUUCCUUUUGGUUUUGCCUUGUGUUUAUCACUUCGUCAGGGUUCUUAUGGGUACCAUCAAUUUAGUGGCUUAGGAGAUGUUUUGUUGAGUAGUUUUCGCGCUUUGUUCGAACAACGACCAAUUACGGAAGACUACUCAAACAUCAAUUGGCUCUCAAUUCUGUUACUGCUGACGUACAUGGGGACUGUGAUCGUGAUUCUUCUGAACAUACUCAUAGCACAGAUGAGCACGACCUACAUACAGGCCAAGAAAGUCGCCCGUCUGGAGUAUGAUGUGGAUCGUAUUCUGCAGCUCAUGCGUAUGGAAAGAUGUCCUUUUUUGAAUUUGCGCGUCAAGUAUUACAAGGAAGCAGAAUGGAUCAGUGAAAAGAAACUUGCGGAAGAGCUUCUGGAAUUUAGUGAAGAUCGCAAUCCUUGGGAAUCAGUGGAAGAAAAGCUUAAUGCAAUACGUGAUAUGAUGAGAACGAUGGUAAAACAGAUGAGGCCCGGGAGAGAAUGAACAGCUGCUGAUUAAAAUGGUAGCAAUGGGACUCUGUUUUAAAUCAAACUGUUAUUCUUUGAAGCUUUAUUUCUUACUCCUUCAAUGCGAAAAUCUCGAGAAUUUUCUCCAGAACAGCUUGGAAAUGAAAACAAAUAGUGCAUGACCAGUAGCAAUUACAAAGAAGUAACAAAAACAACAGAAAAAGCAUCAAACAACCAUUGAGCAGUGGAGUGACGCAAAGUAGAACUAAUCGGGAUUUCUCGAUACGUAAACAGACAUGUCAGCUUUUCAAAUUGAUUUAUUCGCCUGGGUUAUGUGGCUGUUCCAAUCCCCACGGGGGGUAACGAGCAUAGUUGUAAUUGGUAAAGAAGACAAGUUGAAAUUUCAUUUUUGUGACCAGAAACAUUUCCAAUCAAAGAGUUACAUGAUGCCUUAUCUAGAGGUUUUGGAAAAAAAAAUAAGAAAAUACGGCAGCAGAUAAAGCUAAGCAUGUGAAUUUUUUUCACUUUCAGUAGGUUCGUUUUGCUCGAGACGAUUAUGAAGAAACUUCGAUCCAGUUUAAAAAAGUGUUAUCUUAACUGUCUAGUUGUCCACACACGUUCAUGCAUGCAAACGUG